CAUAAUGCUUUUUGGAUAAUGAUAUUGAAUAUGUUUGCUUUCAAUCACUUGGCAAUCUUGGCAAAUGUUGCUGCCUUAUGCGUAGCACAAUCUACGAUAACUGUUAAUGUCAAUACGAAGUAUCAGCAGAUUGACGGCUUCGGCUUCUCUCAAGCGUUUGGCCGCGCGAGCCAAUUCCAGAGUGCCAAUGCUAGCACUCAAAAACAAGCUCUAGACUAUUUAUUCAGUACUACUACUGGCGCUGGUUUUAGCAUCAUUCGCAACCGUAUCGGAUCGGGUGGCUCGGGCGACAGUAUCGAGCCAAAUAAUCCAGGCUCUCCAUCUGCAUCACCGAGCUACGUAUGGGAUGGCAACGACAGCGGCCAAGUAUGGUUUACCAAACAAGCUGUUUCGUAUGGUGUCAAAACCAUAUAUGCUGAUGCAUGGGGUGCUCCGGGGUUCAUGAAAACGAGCGGCUCAGACUCAUCUCCCGGGUAUCUUUGCGGUACCACAGGCCACUCAUGCUCAUCUGGUGACUGGAGACAAGCGUAUGCGAACUUCCUUGUGCAAUACGUCAAAUACUACUCAUCAGCGGGCUACACGAUCACACAUCUAGGGUUUUUGAAUGAGCCGGAUUUCCAGCCCUCAUACUCUCAGAUGCAGAUCAGUUCGAAUGCCCAAGAGGCUAUAUCGUUCAUACCGAUCCUUUACAACACAGUGAAGGCUGCUGGUCUUAGUACUAAGAUCACUUGCUGUGACGCAGUAGGUUGGACUGACCAGAGCACUUACACGACAAACCUAGUCAAUGCUGGCUCAACUCAAUAUCUUGGAGUAAUUACUUCUCAUUCGUACAGCGCAGAUGCCACUUCUCCACUUAGCCAAACUACGCUACCAAAAUGGAACACUGAAGGCGGGCCUAGCACAGCAUUUGUUACGACAUGGUAUGGCAGCGGCGGCACCAACGAAGGCUUCACCUGGGCCAACAAGUUGGCUGUUGCGAUGGUAAAUGCGCAGCUCUCAGCUUAUCUUUUCUGGGAAGGGUUUGAGAUACAACAAUCACAGUCAGGCAGUCACUUGAUCGAUGCCCUGGAUGGGAAGACAGCAACACCAUCGGGUAUAUUCUGGGCGUUCGCCAUGUGGUCCCGAUAUAUUCGCCCUGGAGCUUAUCGUGUCGCAACUUCCGGAUCCAUCUCUAACGUCAUAAUUGGCGCCUUUCAGAAUACUGAUAGUUCUAUAGUCCUUGUAUUCACAAAUAGUGGAACUUCAGCACAGUCAGCCAAAGUGACUUUUGCUGGAUUUUCUCCAAGCUCUGCCGCUGCAUACGUCACGGACAAUACUCAUACCUUUGCCUCUACUUCCUCAGCAUUAUCUGGAGGAGCCAUCACUGUUUCUGUGCCUAGCAGAGGAGUCGUCACUGUAAAGCUCACUUAGUAAUCUUAUGUGAAUACUGCACUGGUUUUCCGGACAACAAAUGGGGGUAAAUACCAUCGAUAAAAAUAAAUGGAAUUUGUCUCUAGCGAUCUCUGUAAGCUGCGGCUUGUUGUUGGUAGUUUCUAGUCCUCAAGAAGUAUUGCCAAAUUAAUUCGUUGAUAAAUAAGUAUUGAG